AUGUCCAGAAUACGAGCCUGGCCAAUCACCAUCUUGUUAGUAGUUUUGUUAUCUCUCAGUUUUCCUUCUCUAGCCAUAGCAUACGGUUAUUUAUAUGAUGCAUUACCACCCCCAACUCCAACGUACAAGUAUGAAGCACCACCAGUUUACUCAUACAACUCUCCACCUUCACCAGUGUAUGAACCUCCUACACAACCUGCACCAGUGAAUGAGCCACCUUCACCAGCGUAUGAGCCUCCUAAACCACCUGCACCAGCAUAUGAGUUUCCUACACCAGCAUGUGACCAUCCUACACCACCUUCUCCAACGUAUGAGCCUCAUACACCAGCCUAUGAAUCUCCAACACCGGUAUAUAAACCUCCAUUUUACAGGCCUCCAAUUUAUAAGCCUAUACCAGUGUUUAAACCUCCAGUAUACAAGCCUUUUCCAGCUUACAAUAAGCCUCUAGUUUUCAGGCCCUUAGGGUACAAGCCUGCAGUUUACUAUCCUAAACCAACGUAUAAGCCUCUUUUGUAUAAACCAACUCCAUUUUAUAAACCUACAAUGUUCAAGCCUCCGGUUUUCAAGCCUACCCCAGUUUACUAUCCUAAACCAGCGUAUAAGCGUCCAAACCGCAUCUACUAA